ACGUACAGAAUUACAUACGCUCAUCACCAUGAGCGUAAAUUUGACUCCAAAUGGCGUAGAUGUUACCAAAUAUGGUUCCUUGCAGCAUGAUUUUCCAUUCAUUCAUAAGAACGAAUCUCUCAUGAAAGCCUUUCAAAAAAUUGAGCAUUUGUGCCAGCGUAUCUACGAACAGUAUGACCUGUACCCAGUCCUUUCUUUGAAGCAACAAGUACAGCUCGAUAUUUUGUCGCUGUACGCCGUCAAUUCGAUGUUCUGGAUGCACGAGAAAUCCAAAAGAUCGCCUCCGGAAACGAUGAUGGCCAUAAGGCAUGAUCUAACUCAGGUUCAGAAUAUCAUGAAGCGAUUCAAAAUUAUACAAGAUAAAAAUUUGCGACCUUGUCUCAACAAGGCAGCCGUAAAGCGGUUCCUCCGGGCUGCUCUGUACGACAUACACAACAAAAAAGAGCACGAACACGGCGCCCCAUUGAUGAAGAAGAAACGUCGUGAAAUGUAAUACAACAAUAUCAGCAUUGAGAUGAUCACGAUUUGCUCCGGUUGUGCUGAAAAGGGAGUGAAUGGCCAUCAUUAGAAGUAAAAAUCAUGUAAUAUAAAAUUUGUAUUAUAACGGAUUGCGAAGUCUACUAGCUUUGCGUGAAACGAGAGAAGUAAGAAUGUUCAUUAAUUAAAUAACCGCUCAGACGGCCAGAUCU